GAAGGCUGCUUCACUGACAUCCUGCUCUGCCUGGGGUGAUAUUUGGCCGGAGCUUUGGUGAGCAGAAAAAAUGUCCACUCGCUACCACCAAGCUGCUAGUGACAGCUACCUGGAACUUCUGAAAGAGGCUACCAGGAGAGAUCUGAAUCUUUCUGAUGAAGAUGGCAUGACUCCCACACUCCUGGCAGCCUACCAUGGGAACUUGGGAGCCCUAGAAAUAAUUUGCAGCAGAGGAGGGGAUCCUGAUAGAUGUGACAUCUGGGGAAAUACUCCUUUACAUUAUGCAGCCUCCAAUGGUCAUGCUCACUGUGUCUCAUUCCUGAUCAACUUUGGUGCCAACAUCUUUGCCCUGGACAAUGAUUUACAGUCUCCACUGGAUGCUGCUGCCAGCAGAGAGCAGAACGAAUGUGUUGCUCUCUUGGAUAAGGCCGCCACUGCCCAGAACAUCAUGAACCCCAAGAAGGUCACCAGGCUGAAGGAGCAGGCUCAGAAGAAUGCCAGGAAGCAGAUCAAAGAGUGCGAAAGGCUCCAGGAGAAGCACCAAAAUAAGAUGGCCCGUACCUACAGCAAGGAGGAAUCUGGGACGCUUUCUUCUUCCAAGAGCACUUUCUCCAGGUCAUCCUUUUCAAAUGCUUCUGCAUCCAAUACAUUCGGGUCACUGUCUAAGAGCAUUAAAGACACUUUCAAGUUAAAGUACAAGAAGAACAAAGAUACAGCAGAGCAGGUAGGGAAGGAGAGCAGAAGUGGGCAGAGGAAUGUGAUGGAAAUGUUUAAAGAGGAAGAGGAGGAGGAGGAGGAAGACAAAUUCUCAGGGGACUUCAAAGAGAAACUCCAGUUCUCAUUAAAAGGGGACAGCUAUGUGCAACAUGAAUCCAUCCUCAACCGUCCAGGUCUAGGAAAUGUUGUUUUUCAAAGCAACAGAAUCUUGAGCCCUGAAGACAUCUCAGGUAGCAAGAGGGAGUUUGGGUUUAAAAUGCCCAGUGAAUUGCUUCAGAGACAAGAAGCAUCUGAGGCAGAGGCAGAGGAAGAAGAGGACAACCAGCGUGAGGAUGAUCUGCCUUGGGAUGAGGAUGAAGUGGAGUGGGAGGAAGAUGUGGUUGACGCUACUCCCCUGGAAGUGUUCUUGCAGUCCCACCACCUGGAAGAAUUCCUUCCUAUUUUCAUGAGAGAGCAGAUUGAUCUGGAAGCGCUGUUGCUUUGCUCCGAUGAGGACCUUCAGAGCAUACAAAUGCAGCUGGGUCCCAGGAAGAAAGUUCUUAAUGCCAUAAACAGAAGGAAGCAGGUGCUACAACAGCCUGGGCAGUUGGUUGACACCAGCCUCUGAUGGAGUAUUGGGUCCCUGGGGUGAGUCUGCAGCAGUGGGGUGAUGCUGUAGCUCAAUGGAAACAUUCUAGGCAUUACCCACUAGUCUACCCAGGAUUAGACUGCUGGGUUUCUAGGGUUCUCGGAGGAGUCUACCCAAGAAAGAGGUCCAAAUUCUACUCUUAGAAAUACUCUAUACCCGUCCAAAUAAACCACCAGUGAGAAAUUCAAGGAGACCUGGGAAUAAGAAAAUGGCAUUUCUCUUUGAUUAUCUUUUUGAUCUUUUUGAAUAUAGAAAGGAUUAAAUGAAUGACAGAAAAGAGGAAAAAAAAAACUUUCUUCACUUUCCUAACUCUGGACUUAAAAUUGUAAUCUCUCAUCACACACUUAAUUUCUGAUCCUUAAAGUCUGGGGAUUCUAACUCCAGUUCUGGCCUUAGCUCUGUGGCUUUAUCUGUUGGUGGAGACUAAAUUUCCUCCAUUGGCCUAUGGCUUAAUGCCCAACUUGAAUGUGUUUAACUCUUCAACAGAUGUUUACGUGUGUGUAUAAGGAAUAGAAAUAAGUCUAUAAUACUUCUGACAGGAGGGCGGUAGAGAGAGAGAAGAAUGAAGCAGAAUGUAUGGUACCUGUUAUGGACGGAAUUUUGUUCUUCUAAAAUUCCCAUGUUGAAACCCUAACCCUCAAUGUGACUGUAUUUGAAGAUAAGACCUUUAUUACAGAGGUGAUGAAGGUUAAUGAGAUUGUAACGAUGGGCUCUAAUUCCACAUGACUGUUUCUUUUAAGAGGUUGAAACAGUGGCCAUGUGCAUGCACAGAGAGUAUGUGAUGUGUAAGCAAGGAGGGAAGCCUCGGGAAAAACCAAACCUUCUAUCUCCUUGGACUUCGAGUCUCCAAAACUGUAAGAAAAUAAAUUUCUAUUGUUUAAAUCACCCAGUUUGGGAGUUCCGUUAUGGCUCAGCAGCAAAAAACCUGACUAGUAUCCAUGAGGAUGCAGGUUCGAUCCCUGGCCUCACUCGGUGGGUUAAGGAUCUGGCAUUGCCAUAAGCUGUGGUGUAGGUCUCAGAUCUGGCAUUGCUGUGGCUGUGGUGCAGGCUGGCAGCUGCAGUUCCAGUUCAACCCCUAGCCUGGGAACUUCCAUAUGCUGUGGUCCAGGCCCUAAAAAAAAGCCAAAAAAAACAAAAAAACAACAACUAACCAAUUUGUAGUAUUUUGUUACAGCAGCCCUAGCACACUAACAGAGUGCAUAAGCAAGAGAGUCGAGGAAGUGAGAAAGAAGGAUUCAGAAAAGAAAUCUGACCUAUUAGAUGAUUUUUCUGAGGUUAAGUGCCUCCUAAACCUUAAAAAAAAGGAAGAAGAAAUCUAGGUUCUUUGUGGAGAAAAUUCAAUUUGUAAAAGUAAAUUUUUCUUUUUUAUGCAUAUUAUGCAUAUAUCUUUAUUUACUGUUGUCUAUCACCAUUUCUGUACAUUUGAAUGCAUGUAGGUUCUACAACAUAAUCCUUAACACGGACACUGCUGCUGGCAUUAUUUGAAUAGUAAUCUCAAAUUCAAAUUGAAACCCUACUUGAAUAGCUAAGUAAGCUUCACUGGACUUUUAUAGUCAGACUUGCAUUAAAUGAAAUUUACCAUUGAUUAUGUGUAUGAUAUAGAAACAGCUUCAGCAUGUCUCCUGAUUCAUAUCUGUUUGGGUUGCUUCAGAAAGCACCACGGAGGGAAAUUCCCUGUGUGGCUUAGUGGGUUAAGGAUCUGACAUUGUCUCUUUGAGGACACAGGUUCAAGCCCUGGCUUUGCUCAGUGGGUUAAGGAUCUGGUGUUGCUACAUGCUGCUGCACAGGUCACAGAUGCGGUUCAGAUCUGGAGUUGCUGUGGCUGUGGUGUAGGCCACAGAUACAGCUCUAAUUGGACCCCUAGCCUGGGAACUUUCGUAUGUGGCCAUCACAAGGGGGAAAAAUACACCACCAUGGAGGAUACAGAUAUUUUAAUCUGAAUGAUUGGCACAUUCUUCCUUAAUGAAUGGGUUGAAAAGGUUGUGAAUCAUUGAAUAAAUAUGUUACAUUAGGAGAUGAUUAUAUUUAUAAAUAUCAAAUUUCAUUGUUCUGGAAUAAACUCUAGUUGUACACAAAAUAAUGUACACGAGAGCCAUAUUAACAUGGAAGUCACUCAAAAAAGUAUGUGAUGUUUGAGUCUCCCUCUUACUAUUUCCUUAUUAUAGAAGCCAGGAUUCUCUCUCUGAGGAACCCCCAGAAACACUGGGUGGCAGGAUAUAGAAGUAUAAGCCACUAGGAGAGGGCCACUGUUUUUUAAAAAAGGACUCUUUCCAGCAGUGCUUUGUAUGUCAUUGUCAGAGGUAAAAAUAACAUGGAAAGCCUGAUGAUCUAUUCUAGCAGAUGAGAGGCAGCAUGCAUGGAGUGAUGAUACAAAGAAUUUUGAGCUGGAAACCAGCAUUGCUACCUGGAAGAUAGAAUAGGAAAUGAAAAGAUACUUUUAAGGAAAGUAAGAUAGGCCAGCAGAAAUGUUACUGGAAUUCAGCAUUACAGGACUGAGUUCUGCUUUAUGGGAUUUAUUAUUUCUAGUUGGAAUUUUCUAUGCUGCCCUAUUGGAGGGAUGGUAAUUUACUCAGAAAUAUAGGAAGGGGAAGGUAUGUUUGCUGAGCAGAACUGGAGGCUCUCACCUGGACCAUCCCAUUGGACUCUACGUCAAUUCUGUGAUGAGAUGAUGAGAUAUGAACGUGAAGAACGUGUGGAUUUAAAAACCUCACAUAAAACUUCCAUCAAAUUGUUAGAUUAAAAAGGAGGGAGAAAUCAUAAUACCCCCCCCGUUUUUUAAUCUUCGUAGGGACACCCUCGGCAUAUGGAGGUUCCCAGGCCAGGGGUCCAGUCAGUGCUGAAGCCACUGGGCUACGCCACAGCCACAGCAACGCCAGAUCCAAGCCGUGUCUGUGACCUACACCACAGCUCAGGGCAAUGCUGGAUCCUUAAUCCACUGAGCAAGGCCAGGGAUUGAACCUGUGUCCUCAUAGAUAUUAGUUAGAUCCGUUUCUACUAAGCCAUGACAGAAACUCCAAUAAUCCCUUUAUGUAAUAAUACUGAAUAAUCUAACUCUAUGAGGGGUUGUUAGAAGGCUUUUUUUUUUUCUUUCCCCAAUAGUUGCCUUUAGUUUUUUUGUUUGUUUGUUUUUAAGGUAUUCCAGCUUAUAGACUCGAUAAGUUCAUCUAUUCUUCUCUAAGUAAUCUCUGUCCCAUUUAGAGGAAAAAUACCAUAUCCAUGAUUAUCACAAAGACUGGCUUAAAAUGCAUAAACCAAACAGAAUCACUGUGGGUCUUUUUUUUUUUCUUUUGUCUUUUUGUUGUUGUUGUUGCUAUUUCUUGGGCCGCUCCCGCGGCAUAUGGAGGUUCCCAGGCUAGGGGUUGAAUCGGAGCUGUAGCCACCGGCCUACGCCAGAGCCACAGCAACGCGGGAUCCGAGCCGCGUCCGCAACCUACACCACAGCUCAUGGCAACGCCGGAUCGUUAACCCACUGAGCAAGGACAGGGACCGAACCCGCAACCUCAUGGUUCCUAGUCAGAUUCGUUAACCACUGCGCCAUGACGGGAACUCCACUGUGGGUCUUAAAUAUCAGAGAGCAAAGGAGGCAUACUAAAGGGUUCUAUAGCUCCUGGGAACUCUGUGCCCACUGCCCUAGCAGAAAGCAAGUUCUGUCCUCCAGUGUAAGCUCCUUCAGGACAGGAAUUUUCCUCUGUCCUAUAUUCAUUGAUAUACCCUUUGCACCCCCAAGUGCAGAUCCAUCACUAGCAGGUAGUCAAUAAAUAUUAUUGAACAAUUGGAGGUGACGCCUGGGCUGGAGGCAAGAUGCAGAUUACUCUGGCCUGUUGAUUCCUAGGAUCGUGACAAACUUCAGUGGUUCCCAUGGCAACCGAAGUAGGUGGGCAAUGUGAAACUGAAAAGUGACUUUGAAAGGCAAAAACCUUAAACUGUACAAACUACUGUUGAUCACAUUUCCUGACCCAAAUCUAAUAUAUUUGGAGAAUUGUCUGUGCUCUUUGGGGUGAAAGACUAUUUCUUCUCUGUUAGCAGCCUAGCAUUAAUGUAGGCAUUCGUAUGGAAAGCAUGAAAGAAGAAAUCUAUGAAUGAAUUAAGGUGCCUUUGAGGAGUUCCCGUCGUGGCUCAGCAGUUAACGAAUCUGACUAGCAUCCAUGAGGAGCAGGCUUGAUCCCUGGCCUUGCUCAGUGGAUUAAGGAUCCGACGUUGCCAUGAACUGUGGUGUAGGUCGCAGACGUGGCUCGGAUCCCAUGUUGCUGGCUGUGGCGUAGGCUGGCAUCUACAGCUCUGAUUGGACCCCUAGCCUGGGAAUGUCCACAUGCCAUGGGUGCAGCCUUAAAAAUCAAACAGGGAAAAAAAUGAUGCCUUUGAGAAUCUUAUUAUCGCACACCCUUCACUACACAUCCCUUACAGCUGUGAUCAUUCAGAUCUCCAGAAAGACUCCAUAGUCACUUGAGGGGUGCAGAGCAGAUCACAGGGGUAUUUUAGUCUAGCACAAAGGCUAGACAGCCUGGCGAACAUGAUACACUUUUGGCUAAGCUCCCUAGAGCAUGAAGAGGACCGGCCAGGAGGAAAUGGGGUAAGAAAACAAAGCAAACUUACAUGCUUUUCCUUGCUGCUGAAUUAUAACCAGCCUAAGGGGUGGGGUGGGAGGAUGUGAAUGGGUCUUUGGCAGGACACAGACAACACAGCCCUGCUCAUGAUUUUGGGAUCUGGGGAAAGCAUCUCUGCACCUCGGAUUCCGCAUUGGCAAGUUGAGGAGGUUGGACUUGAUGAUGCCCAGUGGCUCAACACUGAUUCUGUAUCUGUAGAUUUUGCCCACCUAAUAUACAGUCCUCCCCCUUUUUGGUAAGAGAUCCCUUUCCUUUUGUCAGCUCAUGUAGUCAGAUGGGCUGACGGCAACCUUGAUUUCAUGGGGGGGCACGUAACCCAGGCCUGGGUAGUAGAGGACUCAGAUCGUCACGGGUGAUGCAGUGCUGUAGGCACAGGCACAAGGGCCUGACCUGGGCAGGGUAUUCCAUUUCCUUUAGCCACUAUGUUGCACAUACGGGCAUAGGACCUAGAUGGUCCAGCAAGUCUUCAUUCUGGGACUUUUUUUCUUAAACAGCUGUAGGUACAGCCUAUGGAAGUUCCUGGGCCAAGGGUCAAAUCGGAGUUGCAGCAUCUGGCCUACGGCAGCCACAGCAAUACAGAUCCGAGCCACAUCUGUGACCUAUGCUGCAGCUUGUGGCAAUGCCAGAUCCUUAACCCACUAAACGAGGCCAGGGACUGAACCCACAUCCUCACGGAGACUAUGUUGGGUUCCGAACCUGCUGAGCCACCAGAGAAACUCCCGUUCUGGGACUUUUAACUGUUCAGGAAGAGAAUAUCUAUGCCUGGGAGGGUUGCUGAAUAGGGCAGACUGUGAUUCAGGAGCUCCUGGCAUCCAUCCUGCCACUCUCAGGGGAAAGCUUACUUGAUAAUGGAGCCGACACUGAAGAAAAUAGAGCCAAGGGACAGGGAGAGAGACUGUGGGUCCUGAUGACAUUCGGAGCCCCUGGAUAGAGCUAUAGCUGCAAGCAGUUACCUGUGUAUUUAAUUAGAAGAGCCAAUACAUUCCACUCCUCAUUCAUUCAUUCAACUUAAGGUAGUCUGAGUUGUGGUCUCUACCAACUAUGACCAGAGGGGGUCUGACUGAGAGAGAAGUUCUGCUGUUCCUUGAAAUAACAAUUAUAAGAAGCCAGAAAAAAAAAAAAAAAAAAAAAAA